AUGUUGCUGGGAUCAUCUGAAUUUCCUGAGGAGUAUCCAGUAUCCAACAACAACUGCUCCAAAUUUCAAUACUCAGAACCAAACUUUCUCUUUACUCAUCUAAACGCUUCUGACCAAAUUCAACAGGAUCGUUGGGGCAGUGAGUAUUUCUCAAAUGACUUUGAUAUUCUUGACCACUGUGAUUUGGAGUUAAUGCUUGGCACAGAUGUGGAUACAUAUAAUAGUGAAAUUAUCGGAUGUGAUGGAGAUUUGAAUAAUGACAUUUUGUUCGAUCCCUUACGGAUUCUUGAAUACAUUCGAUUGGUAAAGUUGAAGAUAUAA